ACGAAAAUGACACAGCCUUGCAUGAGGCCGUCAGGUAUCAUCAUCCUCAGGUAGUGUAACUUUUCUGGUGGGACUCCUCUAUACAUGGCUGCUGAGAGAGGGUUUAGAGACUUGGUGAAAAUAAUCAUAGAGAACACUAAUCGCGAUCGACUGGCUCACACUGGCCCCAUGGGUAGAACAGCUUUGCACGCAGCUGUGAUUUGCCAUGACCCAAAAAUGGUAGAAGACAUUCUAGAAUGGAAGCCAGAUCUAACCAAAGAAGUAGAUGAAAAUGCGUGGUCUCCACUCCACUGCGCUGCAUACUCGGGUUAUGUUUCAAUAGUGGCGCAAUUACUUGAUAAAUCUGACAAGUCUGUAGUCUACCUAAGGGUCCGAAACUAUGACAACAAGACAGCUCUUCAUAUUGCAGCCACCCGUGGAAAGAAGCGCACGGCAAAACUGCUGGUGUCACGCUAUCCAGAUUGUUGUGAGCAAGUGGAUAUUAAUGGAAAUAAUGUUCUUCACUUAAUCAUGAUGCAAAGAAGAUUUUUCAAACGCUUGAUAAAGAUUCCCUGGAUGAAUGUGGGAGCACUUAUAAAUGAGAAGAAUGUUGAAGGACAAACGCCUCUGCAUCUGCUUGCUGAUUCCCAGCUGAGAUUUCGUUCAGAUUACAUAAGGAACAAGAAAGUAGAUAAGAUGGCACUUUCCAACCAAAACUUGACUGCUUUGGACGUAAUUUCAUCGGCCGAGGAUUUAAAUGGACGAAAGGUUGGUAUCAUACAAAGCCUGAAACAGUCCAAAGCUAGAGUCGGGCCUUUGUUGUGGCAGAAGACUAUGAGAAAAGGCAAGAACAGCAGUAAAAAAGUACGUGAUAAAGGUUCAGACAUCUCUUUCUUAAGGAAAGUAAGUGACAGCCAUCUGCUAGUGGCCACACUCGUAGCCACUGUAUCCUUCGCAGCAGGUUUUACACUGCCCGGCGGGUAUAAUGAUAGUGACGGCAUGGCCAUUUUAAGCAAAAAGGCAGCUUUUCAAGCAUUUGUUGUGUCAGAUUCCAUGGCCCUGGGCCUCUCUGUGACUGCUGUAUUGUGUCAUUUUUGUACUGCACUGUCUGAGAAAGGGCUGCAGCUCGCAGUAUUGUUAAAGUUCGCCUAUUCGCUCACCAAGUUGGGUGUAGCAGCAAUGGUGGUAGCAUUCUUGACCGGCUUGUACGCCGUACUGCCACAUCACUCAGGGAUUGCGAUUAUAACUGUGAUCAUCUGCGUCUGUUGUUUAGUUUUAAAUUAUGCACUGCUAGGCGAAUAUGAAAAGAAUGUCGAAGCACGGUUAUAUGUGUUGGAAAGUAAACUUGAUUUGGGUAAGUUCUUUAGAAUUAGGACUUAAUUUCCAUUUUAAAACAAUUAGAAUAUUUUUAGUUUG